CAGUGGCGGCUGGCCUGCCGUUGUAACGCCGCUGUGACGCAGCGCCAGCAGCGCAGCGCGUGCCCCGGUGCCCAGCGCCCAGCCAACCAGGGGGCGAGGGACAUCAACCCGCCGGCCAGCGGCGCGCGUGCUUACGGCUACGGCUGCGGCGUGCGCCCCGCCCCCGCCGGCCCGUUGUAACCGCCCGCCCAGGGGCCGCGGCGCGGCCGCUCUCCUCUGCUCUCCCUCCCUGCCACCGCGACCCGAGAAACGUGAUAACUAAAAAAAACCAGCUCAGUAGAAUUUCCGAUGUGGCAAUGGCAUCUACUGUAAUCAGUUCAGUUCCUACCACUGCAUCUCGUUUUGCUUUACUGCAAGUCGAAAGCGACACUGAUUCGGAGCCUGGAAAAGGACGAAGUGGCCGAGGUGCCAGUAAAUCUCAGGCUUCAGGGGGAAGAUCAUCUGCAAAUGAGAAGAAAAGAAAGAAAAGGAGAAAAAAGAAAGAACAGCAGCAGAGUGAGGCCAAUGAGCUCAGAAACCUUGCUUUUAAAAAGAUUCCUCAGAAAUCCUCACAUGGAGGCUGUCUGUCUCAGCAUGAACGAAAGCUGCACACUGCAUUGCAGAAGGACUCUCAGGAAGAAAAUUGGCAGGAGUGGAGACAAAGAGAUGAGCAGCUGACAUCUGAAAUGUUUGAAGCUGAUCUUGAAAAAGCAUUGCUGCUAAGCAAAUUGGAAUACGAAGAGCACAAAAAGGAAUAUGAAAACGUUGAAAAUACUUCAUCUCAGUCAAAGUCUGUGAAUAAGAAAGAGAAAAAGAACCAGCAAGGAAAAGACAAACCUCUCACUGUGUCUCUGAAAGACUUUCAGUCAGACAGUAAUAUAGAUAACCUUGCUAAAAAACAUGAGGAACUGAACUCUUCCCAGUCUUCGUUGCGUGAUGGAGGAUUUUUCAACAGGCUUGAAGAUGAUGUUCACCGAAUACUGGAGAGAGAAAAAAGGAGAGUCCAGCUCACUGAUUACAGUGAAGCAGAUAACUGCACAUCUCAUGAACACAACCAGGAGAGUGUUUUGAAAGAUGGAAAAACAGAACGACUAAAGCUCGACCUUGAAAAGAAAGAUGCAGAAAUUGAGCGACUGAAGAAUAUAAUAACUCAGUGGGAGGCAAAGUAUAAAGAAGUAAAAGCAAGAAAUGCACAGCUUCUGAAGAUGAUGCAAGAAGGUGAAAUGAAAGACAAAGCAGAAAUACUCCUACAGGUUGAUGAAUCUCAAAUUAUCAAAAAUGAAUUGACCGUACAGGUAACUGUACUUCAUGCUGCAUUAGAGCAAGAAAGAUCCAAAGUGAAACUGCUGCAGGCAGAAUUAACAAAAUACCAGAGUGGGAAAAAAGGGAAAAGGCACUCAGAAUCUGACCAGUGCAGGUGAUCUCCUCUGCCACCAGAUUCAAAGAAAAAAAAAAAUACCAUCAAAUCUUUCUUCAGGGUUUUGCAGAAAUUUAUGUAUUUGUUGCACAACUGCUCAACUAUGCAGUUUUUGAAGAGAAAUUAACAAUUACUAGUUUGUUUCAAGUCUGAAUAAUUGAUUUGUUGCACUUUCUGCUACAGAAAAAUUAGAAAACUAGUAUUCCAGCAGAGCUGAAACUGUGUAAUGCAAUUAGUUUUUCAUCAUCAAUAAAAUUUACUCUUCCA